UGUUGCUAGUGGGGUCUGUUGUGAAAAUGGCGACGCCUCGUCGCACCUCUCAGCAGCAGCAACCAAACUCCCUGCUGUCCUCCCCGCCCCGCGGCUCCUCUCUACCCGUCACGCCGCCUGGCUCUCCGCCGGCACCCACCGACGAUGCCAACCCGCUUCCCCGCAGAGGCGCGGUGGAGAACGCGGCUGACGGUGAGGUAGCCCCUGCCUCUCCCACCACCACCUCCCCUGCUCCGGCCCUCGCCAGCAGCAGCAGCAGCAGCAGCAGCAGCAGCAGCAGCUCCACCAACACUAGCAGCAGCGCUAGCUCUCCGACCACCACCGAGGGUAGCGGUACCAGCCCCGGCUCUACGCCCGACUCGGGCAGCGGUAACCCGGGCAGCAGCAGCAGCAGCAGCAGCAGUGGCAGCGCAAACGGGGCUUUCAGGGAGCUGUUUGAAGCAUGUCGAAACGGGGAUGUUUCGAGGGUGAAGAAACUCGUCGAUGCUGUGAAUGUGAACGCUAAAGACAUGGCAGGACGUAAAUCGACACCGCUGCAUUUUGCUGCAGGUUUUGGCCGGAAAGAUGUGGUGGACCACCUGCUUCAGACAGGCGCUAAUGUGCACGCACGGGAUGACGGGGGUCUGAUCCCGCUUCACAACGCCUGCUCAUUUGGUCACUCCGAGGUGGUGUCUUUGUUGCUGUGUCAGGGGGCUGACCCCAAUGCUCGAGACAACUGGAACUACACGCCACUCCAUGAAGCUGCCAUCAAGGGCAAGAUAGACGUCUGUAUUGUGCUACUGCAGCAUGGAGCCGACCCCAACAUCCGCAACACCGACGGCAAGUCCGCCCUGGACCUGGCUGAACCCUCCGCAAAGGCCGUGCUCACAGGUGAAUACAAGAAGGAUGAGCUUCUGGAGGCGGCGAGGAGUGGAAACGAGGAGAAGCUGAUGGCCUUGCUUACUCCGCUCAACGUAAACUGCCACGCGAGCGACGGCCGCAAGUCCACUCCACUCCACCUGGCAGCAGGAUACAACAGGGUGAGGAUAGUUCAGCUGUUACUACAACAUGGAGCAGAUGUUCACGCCAAGGACAAGGGUGGUCUGGUGCCUCUGCAUAAUGCCUGCUCCUAUGGACACUAUGAAGUUACUGAGCUGCUGCUAAAGCAUGGAGCGUGUGUGAACGCUAUGGAUCUGUGGCAGUUCACCCCCCUCCAUGAAGCAGCUUCUAAAAACAGAGUGGAGGUCUGCUCUCUGCUGCUGAGCCAUGGGGCUGAUCCGACCCUGCUCAACUGCCACAGCAAGAGCUCUGUGGACAUGGCGCCCACUCCUGAGCUGAAGGAGAGACUUACGUAUGAGUUUAAGGGCCACUCGCUGCUUCAGGCUGCUCGGGAAGCUGACAUGGCCAAGGCUAAGAAGACCCUGGCACUGGAGAUCAUCAACUUCAAACACCCUCACACACACGAGACUGCACUGCACUGUGCAGUAGCAUCACCACACCCUAAGAGGAAACAGGUGACGGAGCUGCUGUUGAGGAAAGGCGCCAACGUAAAUGAGAAGAAUAAAGAUUUCAUGACUCCUCUCCAUGUGGCAGCAGAACGUGCUCAUAAUGACAUUAUGGAGGUGCUACAGAAACAUGGUGCCAAGGUGAACGCCCUAGACACGCUGGGCCAGACGGCGUUGCACCGCGCGGCGAUGGCAGGCCACCUUCAGACCUGCAGGCUGUUGCUAGGAUACGGGGCAGACGCCUCGCUGGUGUCGCUGCAAGGCUUCACUGCUGCUCAAAUGGGAAAUGAAGCUGUUCAGCAAAUACUCAACGAGAACGUCCCGGUAAGAAACUCAGACGUGGACUACAGACUUCUGGAAGCUGCUAAAGCCGGAGACCUGGACACUGUCAAGUCGUUGUGUACGGCCCAGAAUGUGAAUUGUAGAGAUCUAGAGGGACGACACUCCACGCCCCUUCACUUUGCUGCUGGCUACAACAGAGUGUCAGUGGUGGAGUACCUGCUGCACCACGGGGCCGACGUGCACGCAAAGGACAAAGGUGGUCUGGUUCCCCUCCAUAACGCCUGUUCAUACGGUCACUAUGAGGUGGCCGAGCUGCUGGUCAGACACGGAGCCUCGGUCAACGUGGCCGACUUGUGGAAGUUCACGCCGCUCCAUGAAGCCGCUGCCAAGGGCAAAUACGAGAUCUGCAAACUGCUUCUCAAGCACGGGGCGGACCCCACCAAGAAGAACCGAGACGGGAACACGCCUCUGGACCUGGUGAAGGACGGGGACACCGACAUCCAGGACCUGCUGAGAGGAGACGCCGCGCUGCUGGAUGCCGCAAAGAAAGGCUGCCUGGCCAGGGUGCAGAAAUUAUGCAGUCCCGACAAUAUUAAUUGUCGGGAUACACAGGGACGCAACUCAACACCUCUGCACCUUGCAGCUGGCUAUAACAACUUGGAGGUAGCAGAGUAUCUGUUGGAACACGGAGCCGACGUGAAUGCUCAGGACAAAGGAGGGCUGAUACCUUUACACAAUGCUGCUUCGUACGGGCACGUGGACAUAGCCGCUCUGCUGAUCAAGUACAACACGUGCGUCAAUGCCACUGACAAGUGGGCAUUCACGCCCCUCCACGAAGCAGCCCAAAAGGGGCGGACUCAGCUCUGCGCUCUGCUAUUGGCCCAUGGAGCCGAUCCCACAAUGAAGAACCAGGAGGGACAGACCCCACUCGACUUAGCAACAGCUGAUGACAUCAGAGCAUUGUUGAUUGAUGCCAUGCCGCCAGAUGCCCUGCCAAGCUGUUUAAAACCCCAGGCCACUGUGGUGAGUGCAAGUGUGGUGAGUUCAAGCGUGGUGAGUGCAGGUGCAGCAGGGGGCGUGGUCAUCUCUCCCUCUCCAUCCCCGUCCUGCCUGUCUGCAGCCAGCAGCAUAGACAACCUGACUACGCCCCUCAGUGACAUCACUGUGGGUGGGGCCACUGGUCCAGCAGACGGAGCAUCUGGGUCUGACAGGAAGGAAGGAGAAACUCUGCUCGACAUGACCAUCAACCAGUUUUUGAAGAGUGUAGGGCUGGAACACCUCCGGGACAUCUUCCAGAGGGAACAGAUUUCGCUGGAUGUGCUGGCAGACAUGGGUCACGAAGAGCUGAAAGAGAUCGGCAUCAAUGCUUACGGUCACAGACAUAAACUCAUCAAGGGCAUCGAGAGACUGCUGGGCGGCCAGCAAGGUGCAAACCCAUACUUGACAUUCCACUGCUCCAGUCAGGGCACCGUGCUGAUCGACCUGGCACCAGACGACAAGGAGUUCCAGUCUGUAGAGGAGGAACUACAGAGCACCAUCAGAGAACACCGUGAUGGAGGCAACGCAGGUGGAGUCUUCAGCCGGUACAACAUCAUUAAGAUUCAGAAAGUGGUGAAUAAGAAACUACGGGAGAGAUAUGCACACAGACAAAAGGAAAUUGCAGACGAGAACCACAACCAUCACAACGAGCGGAUGCUCUUUCACGGUUCACCCUUCAUCAAUGCCAUCAUUCAUAAGGGCUUUGACGAGCGACAUGCCUAUAUUGGCGGCAUGUUUGGCGCCGGGAUCUAUUUUGCAGAGAACUCCUCAAAAAGCAACCAGUACGUUUAUGGGAUAGGUGGAGGCACGGGAUGUCCCACCCACAAAGACCGCUCCUGCUACGUGUGCCACAGGCAGAUGCUGUUCUGCAGAGUGACGCUGGGUAAGUCGUUUCUUCAGUUCAGUGCGAUGAAAAUGGCCCACGCCCCCCCUGGACACCACUCUGUUAUAGGAAGACCCAGCGUCAACGGACUGGCGUAUGCAGAGUACGUCAUCUACAGAGGGGAGCAGGCUUACCCGGAAUACCUGAUCACCUACCAGAUUGUGAAGCCGGAGAGUCUGGCCACGCCUGCUGCCACCCCCGAGCAGAAGUCCUAAAACACAAUCACAGCUGGAUCUGAAGAAGGCCAGAAUGCAAUAUCUAAGAGAAUUGAACUCUUUAAGGUGUUUCGAACCUCAGACCCAGAAUGAAAGUCUCCAGAGCUGAACUUGAGGUGGGUGUGGUGAAUUGUUGACCGUCGUCAGACGACCCUCGGGAACAAGACGUAGAUGUGUCUGGACAGAAGAAGAAGAGGAUGAAGCGGCAGUGACUUUUAGUUUUGGGGGUACAAUACAUGCUCAGCCCAAAGCAGCAGAGAGCAAAAACGCAUCAGAUUCUUUAAUUAGGUCUAAUCUUGCAGGGGGAGAAGAAAAUGGUUUGAUCAACAUUUCUGGAAGUGUACCAGUGAGAUAAUGUUUAAAAUGUGCAAUCCUCUGGCUGAAAUUAUUAAGAAAGCAAUUAGAACGGGACACAGUCCAAAGCAAAAAAAAAAAAAAUGCAUCCCUGAUUUUGCACCUAUGCACUGCUCAUGUAUUCUACUCCCAGUUUUUAAUUUGUUGUUUUGAUAUUGUGCAUCAUCCAGAGCAACAAAACAACAGCCUAAGGCCACUUCCAGAAACAGCGAUUGUCAUGCUGAGAGAGAACAGAAAUCUAGUGCAUUUUGGUACAACUUGUCACAGUUUUACAAACGAGGCUCAUGUAAACUAUACUGUCUGUGUUCGCUCACAUAUGUUUUGUUGUAGACAAAGAGGAAAUGAAGAAACAAGUAUGAGCAGAGACUGGGAGUAGUAAAAACAGAUUACAGCGGACAAAUACCCAGAAGUCAAUAAGCAGAAAACAAACAGGAGACUGCUGCCGCAGACUAUCCACCACAGUCCACAUCGGGACCAUCCUCUGCAUCUUGACUUUGGAGGUUUUCCAAUUCAAUUUAAUCCUGUGUUUUGGAUCAUAUGUCAGGGGUCAUUAUAGGAACUACAUCUUAAACGACUUCCACAUUGGCUCUGACAGUCAAACAUGGUGGUCGGUGCUUGUUUCAGCAAACAAGUCCAAACUUAGUCUUUUACCAGAACCAGGAGGACCACAAGAGACCAGACUGUGACAAUGUUAUAUGCACAUGUACAAACACACACACUGCACCCAAACUUGACUUACAAUUUUCCUCUUCACUUGUGUUAGAGUUUACUCAAAGCUGCACUUGGCAACUCAGCUAACUACACGACAACAAAAACAGUCAGGAGAGUUUGAACUUCAAUACAGCGACAAUGUGAUCUUUCAUGCCAAAAGGAAAUUAUAAUACUGAUAAAAGAUAAAAACGCUGACUCAAGCUUUCUUUGGACGGAACGCUUUUUGCUACUGUUAAGUGUUGUUACAUCACCACCUUUGGUGUGAGAAGUGACUGUUACCAACAAGAAGAAAUCAUUUAGGGACAUGGGAUGACUUUUCAGACUCUGUGAUUGGGGAUUUUAUGAGAUGUCAUUCUCUGUGAAGCCCUAUGUUGUGAUAAUCCUGAUCUUGUCAAGUGCAAUUUAACAUUCACCCUCACUGCAGCUACACCGGUGUGUGUAUAUCUCAUGUACACUAACACCUGGAGCAUCUUUUGUCGUGUUUUAAUGCCUCACACAUCCUGUGUUGUUGUUUACAUAACCUGCUGCCUUCUCCCCUUUUUUCCUCUACCUGCAACUGUUGAUGCCCCCAAGUGGUGCAACAGAGGAGCUGCUGGCUUGCAGUAUUGAGUACAAAUAUACCGGAUAUCAGGAAGGCAUAUAUGAUUAAUUUACUUUUGAGGCAUAUUCCAUUUUAAUUUUUCCCCCUGCGUGCUUAUUUUUCCAUAAUUUUAGGGUCAUUGUUGUACUCCUGGGUUUACACUCCUCAAACAAACGAAUUAUAAGCGAAUGUGAAAUGAGAGCCUAGUCACUGUAUCUUAGCGAGCCAUUCAGCGGGCUGAGGUUUACUGAGGUUGACGAAGAGGAUGAUGAUAUGUGUACAUAAAGAUGAGCUAUCACACGUGUUUGCAUUAACCAUUUAUAGUGACACACUAAUAAUGACAAGAUUAGCAGACUCCUCACACUAUUAACUAAGCUUUUUUUUUUUUACUAUACUGACCAUAUUCUUCUGUUGAUUGUUUAUUUAUGAUUAUAUUUUUAUUAAUGACACUGUACACCACACGGGACCACACACACAAGUUGAGUUUGUUUCAUGUCAAUCACAUCAGCUCAAGCAGUGCUGAAGAUCUUUGAAAUUCCUUAAAACUGUGUUGAAGGGAAUGGGAAAUGCCCUUGAAAGUGUUUGAGAAUCAACAGAUUGCUGCGAAGUCACCUGGAAACUCACCAUGAGCAGCAAAAGAGAGAUAGCUGGUUUACAGCAGAAGAUUUUUAGAUGUCCGUAAUGUUUCAAAUUUGACAAAGCUGUUCGAUAUUUGAUUUUUUUUUUUUAUUACCAUGUCUGCCAGUUGAACUCAGAUUUCAGCUGAUUUGCACUUUUAAAGUGAAGAUGAUGGACUGAGACAAGUGCAAACGAGCAUUAAAUCCGUGUUAAGUGUGAACUGAGCCUAAAAUUGUGCGUUUCCUGAGAAAGUUAACUGGCAGCUCAGAAUAGAGACUAUUAAACAAAAGCCUUUUAGUCAAGCUAUUUUCACGCUGUGAAGUAUUCAUACCAGCAUUUCCCCUCAGUUUUGCAGUCCACAUAUUUGAUAGCAAUAGUUUAUCCCAAUAACGAUGAUUAGAGAAGCACAUUUCAGCAAAUUACAAAGUGAUUCAUUGCAGGGAAAAAGAAAAGGAAAUGAAUUAAAACUGAAAAAUUCAAAGUAGAAGAAACAACAACUGAUGACUAAAGUAAAAAUGAGAAAAACUAAUAAGCUUGAAAUUUAAUUUUAAUGGAAAAACAUUUUAAAGGGGAAACAGUUCUAGACACAGUUAAAACAGUAGAAGGCCACAUGUACUUUUGCUUUUAAGACUUGACUGAAAUUAUAAUACUGUGAUUUUAGUUGCUUGUAUUUUUAAACCUGGGCCCUAUUUUCACAUUUUGUGUCGUAAUGACUUAUAGGAACGAAAUUGUGCCCAUCAAAAUAACAUCCACAAAAAGUGCUUCUUUUUGCCACUGACAGGAUCAGACUGAUUUACCAUGACAGUAUCAUGGAAAGGAUCCCCUACCAGUGACACCCUUUGUUUAUAACAACCGCCCAAGGACAAUUCUUGCUCUGAAAUCUCGUUACAGGCGUGUUGCUGCAGGAAGACCAUGGUGGAAACGUGAGUCUGUUGUUGGAGAGGGGAGUUUGAUGUGUUGGAGUAACGUUAGAAAAAUAACGUCUUACUAGCAGUUCCUUUACAUACACAACAAACUCCUCUCCAUCGUUCCCACCAACUCAUUUCCACAACUUUUUGUACCUACUAGUCACUGACACUAAAAUAGGGCCCAGGUUUUGAAAUACCAAAAUUAUCUUUUAAAACACAUAGGCCUAACGAUGCCUGAUUUCAAUUUUUUUAUACCUGUGUUGUCCCUGAUCAGUCAGCAGUAGGAGAAAGGUUCAGAAGUGGUAGCAUUGCUGCUGGCUCUCUAGGCAUAGAGAGCAGGUGAAGUUUAUAGUGUUGACCUCAUUAAGGCCAGCAGCACCGUAUGAUUUAUUAGAGCUGUGGGCUUUGGUUUAAAUCAGACUGUAAAUAAACCAACUCCAGAUGGGCCUUUUGAUGGAUGAUUUUGAGUGCAUUUUUCUUGUUUUUUUUUCCCUUUGAAAGACCUUUCAAAGACCUUUUAUGUGAUAACAUUUGAGUUGUGUUUUAGCUGGUCUGCCUCUACUUAUCUGUCUCAAAGGCCAGUCAGUCAUCUUGUUGUAAAUAGUUUGGAGGGGCGUAUGAUUGCGUGCAUUCAAACAAUCCAUGCCUCACCUUCUGACCUGUGUUGUACCGAAAGCCACUACUUCAAUUAACACAUUUCCUCAUCAGUAAUGUUUGAUCUCCUGUUGUACAGCCGGUUGUACAGAGCUGCUGACAGGCUAACACGUGAAACAGAGAAACUCCUCACUCUUGUACAGAAGAAAAUCCUUAAUAAAAGAACUUAAAGUGUA